AUUCAGAUCAUCGCAACCAGGCCGCGAUGCCAAAUACAGUGGCUUUGACUACGCGGACUACUCAUGGACGAGUGGAGAAGGGAUCAGACAUGCGGGUGGAGAUCUACUCCAUUCUGCUAGCGGCGCAAAUCCCGAGGGCCCAUUCACUAGAUGCCUAGGUAGGUCUCUUCAUACUACUUAACCCCACUUCGCCCUCUUCGGUACAUCAUUGCCCCUUCUCUAAGACUUCACUGUCAAUUUCCCUCUCUGACACACCAUUGAAUCCAACAACACCAUACAAAAUGUCUGACCUUUCCGUUAACCUCGAGACGCCGCACUCCGGCAAGUACGAGCAGCCGACCGGUCUCUUCAUUAACAACGAGUUCGUCAAGGGUGUUGACGGCAAGACCUUCGAGGUCAUCAACCCAACCACCGAAGAGGUCAUCUGCUCCGUCCACGAGGCCUCCGAGAAGGAUGUCGACAUUGCAGUAUCCGCAGCCCGCAAGGCCUUUGAGGGCCCAUGGCGGAAGGAGACCCCAGAAAACCGUGGCAGACUCCUCGUCAAGCUCGCCGACCUCUUCGAGAAGAACCUCGACCUCCUCGCCGCAGUAGAGUCGCUCGACAACGGCAAGGCCAUCGCCAUGGCCAAGGUUGACAUCAGCAUGUGCGCUGGCUGCUUGCGAUACUACGGUGGCUGGGCAGACAAGAUCGAGGGCAAGGUUGUCGACACCACCCCAGAUACUUUCAACUACAUCCGCAAGGAGCCAGUCGGUGUUUGCGGUCAGAUCAUUCCAUGGAACUUCCCGCUCCUCAUGUGGGCAUGGAAGAUCGGCCCCGCUGUUGCUUGCGGUAACACCGUCGUCCUCAAGACCGCCGAGCAGACCCCUCUCGGUGGCCUCGUCGCCGCCCGCCUCGUCAAGGAGGCCGGCUUCCCACCAGGUGUCAUCAACGUCAUCUCCGGUUUCGGCAAGGUCGCCGGUGCCGCCAUCGCCUCGCACAUGGACGUCGACAAGGUCGCCUUCACUGGCUCCACCGUUGUCGGCCGCACCAUCAUGAAGGCUGCCGCUGGCUCCAACCUGAAGAAGGUCACCCUCGAGCUCGGUGGCAAGUCUCCCAACAUCGUCUUCGAGGAUGCCGACAUCGACAACGCCAUCUCCUGGGUUAACUUCGGUAUCUUCUUCAACCACGGCCAGUGCUGCUGCGCUGGCUCGCGUAUCUACGUGCAAGAGUCCAUCUACGACAAGUUCGUCCAGCGGUUCAAGGAGCGGGCACAGAAGAACGUUGUUGGCGACCCAUUCGCCAAGGACACUUUCCAGGGUCCCCAGGUUUCCCAGGUGCAGUUUGACCGCAUUAUGAGCUACAUCCAAGCCGGCAAGGACGCUGGCGCCAAGGUCGAGAUCGGCGGCAACCGCAAGGGCGACAAGGGCUACUUCAUUGAGCCCACUAUCUUCUCGAACGUCACCGAGGACAUGAAGAUCGUGCAAGAAGAGAUCUUCGGCCCAGUCUGCUCCAUCUCCAAGUUCAAGACCAAGGAGGAGGCCAUCCGUGUCGGCAACGCCACCACCUACGGUCUCGCCGCUGCCGUCCACACCAAGAACCUCAACACUGCCAUCGAAGUCUCCAACGCCCUCCGCGCCGGUACCGUCUGGGUGAACACCUACAACACCCUCCACCACCAGAUGCCAUUCGGCGGCUACAAGGAGUCCGGUCUCGGUCGUGAGCUCGGCGAGGCUGCGCUUGACAACUACACCCAGACCAAGACCGUCUCGAUCAGACUCGGCGAUGCGCUGUUCGGUUAAACGACAUGCGUGCGUAAUGGGU